UGUUCAAAACUCCAUCUAAAACACAAGAAAAUGAUCAGCGUUGACAAUUACGAUGAUUUGAAAUGGGGUUUGCCWGGCUGGAAAAUUGAACARCGAUUUAGACCUGAUGUUUUAAUUGGAAAUUGGAGCGAAGAAAGGCGGAAGUUUGAAAGAAGUCAAUCUCAAUACAACAGCACAAAUAGAACCGACUACAAGAAUUUUGGAAAUCCAUUACCAGAUGUCAAGACACGCAGAAAAGGAAUGCUACACACUGAAGGCCUUGGGCAACAACAUAUAUUUUCCCAUCAUGGUGAUGCAUACAAAGGAAAUACAAUAACGUGGUAUGACCAGCAAUUCAACCGACGCGAAGAAACAGAAUCUAACUUCCCAGCCUUAAGGACAUGGGAAAGACAGCGGUUGGUAUGGCAACCAGAAAAAUCAGAUUUUCCAAUUCAAGGACCACCAACAAACUAUGGCUUACUWGAGAAGAAGAAAGCACAAUGGAAAAAAGAAGCAGAAAAUGAAAACAUGAGCAUUUAYAACACAACACAAAAGUUGAGUUACUUCCCACAUCAACGGCAAUCUUACUCCUACCGGCACUUUGCAACACCAAGAUUUAUUUCAACAAAGUUCCAUCCACAUCACUCCAACAARGAUCUACACUUUCGAGGCAAAGUCCAUCUAACUGCAUGUGAAUAUCCACCUGUUUUAGCCCCAAUCUCAUAAUAUAAGGCUUUUCAAGGUGUUUUGAAGGAUAAAUUUAAGUAAUUUGGUAAAAUUUACUGAUGACAAAUUAACAUUUGCUUUAAGGCCAAAUUAGAUCACUGAACAAUGCUAGCCUACAGCAAUCUCAUGCAUCUUGCCUAAGUCAUCCUUUUCAACAUGGCUACAAACAGUUGCAGGGCUAUUAAACAAUCAUUGAAUCRCUAUAACAGUUGUAGCCAUGUUGUAAAGAUGACUUGGGCAUUAAUUGCAUGAGCAAUGGUAUAAUCAAAAGAUGUGCUAUCUAAUUUAGGCCUAUAUUCAUAUGCCUUUGAUUUCUAUAGCUUGUUGCUAAAAAGAACAUAACAAUGUUUAUUGUUUUUCAGUAGAUCUUUUCAGCUAACAAUGUUUUGAUGAAAUGUUGAUAUACCAUUAUGCUAGACAUUUUUUUAAACCUAAAUGUUUUAGAUUUUUAUUCGCUUUUCUUUCUCCAAAAUACUUGAUUUUUACCUUCUUUGAAACCUAGCCUGCUCAAUUCCCAGAUGUUUAUUUUUUAGAAAUAGCAUGAACAAUUUAUUAACUUAGGAAUGAAGAAUUUUUUUUAAAUAUUUUUGGUUAGUAGACUCAAAAUUCAUAAUAAUUCUAUAUAAUAAUAAUAAUAAUAAUAAAUACUGUCUGAUGAGUGCGUAGCACGAAACUCGGAGUAACAGCAAAAUCUUGCCUCUUUGAUAUUAUAUAUAUAACUAGCUCUACACUUUAUGUGUAUUGAGCACUCUUUAAUGGGAUCAGCUACUUCCUCAUACAAUAAUAAUAAUAAUAAUAAGUUUCAAAAUUUGCACAGUUUGAGUUAUCUUUUUUUCGUAGUUUUCUUUUCUUUUAAUUUGUAAAUAAAUGUAGUCUUCUUGGCAGAUGGUCUCAUGUCAACCAAGGAGGUUGUAAUAAAAUAAUAGCACACAUAAUAUUUUGAAUUGUGAAAUGUAAUAUAUAAUACCCAGAAAAUUAAAAAACAUUUUUUUAAUUA